AUGCUUUAUUUUCUAUUAGUUCAAUGUUCUAGUGUUGGAUCACUCAUAUAUCGUGAUAGUAAUCAAGUUGUCGUUGGCUGUACAACAGAUUUUAGCGGUGAAGUUCUUAUCCCACGAAUAGUUACAGAAAUAUAUAGCUAUAAUUAUGAUAGUUAUGCAUUUAUGAAUUGCAAGACUCAAAUAACAUCUCUUAAAUUUGAAGAGAAUAGUGAAAUAUCAAAAAUAAGCUUUGCAAGUUUUUUCAGAACAAGCCUCGAAUCUGUAAAUUUUAGUAGUUGCACAAAACUUACAAAGCUUAACACAGGUCUCUUUCAAUUAUGCUAUAACUUAAAAUCAGUCAUCCUGCCUCCAAAUGUUUUAAUUAUAGAGCAACUUUGUUUUGCCGGUAAUAAAAAUCUAACAUCAAUACAAAUCCCAGAUUCCGUAGUUAAUAUUUCGAUGGGUGCAUUUUCUGGCUGCAGUUUAACUGCCAUAAAUAUUUCAUUAAAUUCAUCCUUGCAAAAAUUAGAUGGUAAUUGUUUCGAUUGGAAUAAAAUCAAUUCUUUUUAUAUUACAAAAAAUCUCAAAGAUUUUAAUCCUCUUGCCCUUGGUGAUUGUCCAAUUGAUAAUAUUACAGUUGAUCCAGAAAAUCUAUAUUUUCGAAGUGAUUUUAAAUCUGUUUAUAAUGGAACAAAUAAUUCAACAUUAUUAUAUGUUAUUCCAACAUUUUCAGGUGAUUAUAUUGUUCCGAACUUUAUCACAUCAAUUUUCAAAUUUUGUUUUUAUAAAUGCGAAGAAAUUACCUCAAUUCAGCUUAAUAAUAAGAUUACAUCGAUUUCCAUUAGAGCAUUUCAUAGCUGCUCAUCAAUAAGAAGUUUCAAAAUUCCAAAAAAUGUCACAAAGAUUGAAGAUUUUGCAUUUGGCUCUUGUAAAUCAUUGACGAAUAUUUUGAUGCCAGAAAAUUUAUUAAUGAUAGGGGAUUAUGUCUUUUACCAGUGCAUAUCAUUACAAUUUAUUACAAUUCCAGGAAAAGUAACAUCAAUUGGAUUUCGAGCAUUUCAAAAUUGCACAAAUCUAAAAACAAUAGCAUUUCUAAACAAUAUCAUAUCUUUUAAUAGGGAUGUAUUUAUUGACAUAACAAAUCCAAUGGAAAUAUACAUUCCAUAUAAUUUUUCUGUGAUAUCCUAUCAAACAGAUAAACUUUUUCCUUACAAAAGUCAUUUAUAUAUCACGAGUGAUACUCUAUUAUCAGACAAAUGUAAAAAUAUCUUCGGAAAAAAGUCUGUUUAUAUCCAUAUGGGAAGAUCAGCAAAGUUUGCAGGUGAAACAAAAGAAGUUAUUGAUUACAUAGCCAUUGAAAUAAUUUACCAGCAAACAAAACAUGAAUGCGUUUACGAAAAAACAAAUUCUUUAUAUCUUGCAGGGACUUUGGUAUGCAUUAAUGGAGUUAAAUAUAACUCUUGA